AUGAUGUGCACUGCCAAAAAAUGUGGAAUUAGGUUCCAGCCUCCGGCUAUUAUCUUAAUCUACGAGAAUGAAAUGAAGGGGAAAAGUCGCCAGCGCAUCAUGCCAGUCCGAAACUUUUCCAAGUAUUCAGAUUGCAGCAGAGCUGCUGAACAAUUAAAGAAUAAUCCACGACACAAGGGUUACCUGGAACAGGUAUCACUGAAGCAGCUAGAGAAGUUAUUCAGCUUUUUACGAGGUAACUUGUGGGGGCAGAGCCUGGCAGAAACAAUGGAACAGAUUCAACGGGAAACAACCACUGAUCCUGAGGAAGACCUGAACAAACUAGAUGACAAGGAACUUGCCAAAAGGAAGAGCAUCAUGGAUGAACUUUUUGAGAAAAAUCAGAAGAAGAAGGAUGAUCCAAAUUUUGUCUAUGAUAUUGAAGUGGAGUUUCCACAGGAUGAACAGCUGCAGUCCUGUGGCUGGGACACAGAGUCAGCUGAAGAGUUCUGA